UUCGCGUUAGUGUUUAUAAAAUGUCAAAAUUACUUCCGGAAAAAAUUAGUUAAAUGAAUGAUUAGGCCUUCGAACAAUAACAUAGUCUACAAUUCAACAGAAUUUCAGUAAUUAAUCUUAUCUUCGAUAGGAAAAUAUUUAUUAUAACAUUGGUAAUUCUUGAAUAAUUCUUUCUUCGCAUACCUAGUUCGCCCCUUAGCUAGAUCGGAAUUCCUAACAAAUUCCAAACCAACGGAAUGUCAACGUCAAAAUAUGUAACGUGGUGGCCGUUCUUGGUAAAAUAAUUUGAAAGAUUUUCAUGAGUUCUAUUUACUGAUUUUGAAAAAAUCAAAUUGGAAAAUAAUUCAUUCGAACAAAAUUGAAUAAUGGUAAAAAAUAGUGAAUACCAUUUCAAAAGAUAUUCGAUCAAAUGAGAAACUGAAGAACUUUUCAUAAUUAACUGGAGUUAUGAAAGGAGGUUAGGAAUUUGGGCACUCGCCCAUUCAGGUAUUCCUAACAACAUGUGAACAGUGGGACUAAGUCAUGGCAGAAUUUUUGCCAUUAUGUGAUCUUCUCUUCAAUGUAGUGUCCUUAGCUGCAUAUUUCUGCGACUUUGUAUUUGAUAUACUUGUCAUAUCUGAGUUGUAUAAAAGAAACCAAACAAAUUUGUUCAGCAUAGCUCUGGGAUCUUGUAUAUUAACAGCGAUAGUAACACAAAUGCUCUCUUUAUAUUGGUAUUUGAACAAGAAACCAAAUGGCUGGGCAAGAUGUUUUGUGAUAGUGCUUCAUUUCACACAACUUGGAGUUUUGUGGAGAUAUUCACGUCUUUUAGUACCUGUUCAAUUAAGUAGUGUUAAGAGAGAAGUGAGAGAUCUGUGUAUAUUAAGGUUAAUUCAUGGUUUUGUUCAGGCAGCUCCUAUGCUGCUUUUACAGUUGAGUUUAUUGCCAACCAAUGAAGGUGGACUACCAUCUGAUUUAUUAACAGUAUCAGCAUCACUGUCAUUAUUUUCCAUUUGCUGGUCAUUAGCAUCAUUCAGUAAACAUGUUCAAUGUGUGGAUAGACUAGUAUUGACAUGGUUUGGAGUAGUAUCACAACUUUUGUGGAGAGGAGGAACUGUAACUGCUCGAGCUCUUGCUCUUGCAGCAUAUGCUGCAAGUUACAAGUCAUGGAUAUUCUUAGUUCUUUCACUCCAUUGGGCUUGCAUGUUCCUAUGGUUGUUAUCUCCUAAAAGUCCAUUUCAUGGACAAAGGGGAAGUAAACUUGGCCUAUGUGCCUUAAUUGCAGCCGUUUAUAUUUUGGCAUACAUUAAUCUACAAGAAAAACCUCAUGGAAGAACAAUGACAAUCUUUUAUGUGAUUAUGUUCUUUGAGAAUUGCCUAUUAGUAAGUGCAUGGUUAGCGGCUGUAUGGUACAAUAAACCCCCUUAUUGGGAGCUGGUUCCAAUACUCACCAUUGUUCUUUUCUUAGUAGGUAUAAUUUUCAUGUUGAUGUAUUAUAAAUUUUUCCAUGUGAAAAGAUUAUUGGAAAAGCCUGCAGCUCCACCAGGUGUGUUCAAUUGUCGUUUUAGUAGUCCUGCAGCAGCUGCUUUAUACCGGAAAAAGAAAAAACCAACUACUUUUGUACCUCCACCUGUGUUAUCACCAAUGGCAGUACCUUUUUGGAGGAGACCACUACCUUCUUCCAGUGAAAAUGAAGGUAGUAGUGUUGGUUCUAGAGUAAAUAUUCAUCAAAAACUUCAGGAAAAAAAGCAGAAACAAUUGGCUGAACUUAAAAUAAUAGAGGAAGAAAUAAAACAGGGUAAAUUGGUAGGUCCAGAAGGUGUUGAUUUAGAUGAUCGUCAACCGAUCCCCAGUGAGAAGAAGCAUGUGGAGCCUCAACUACUCAGUUUGGCAUCUUUGAAUAACUUGGUCAGCUAUGGAGUUAAUCUUAACAGGAGGCCACCCCCAAGAGCUCCCAGAUGUAGAACGCCUGAGCUUCUGUUGGCUCCUAGAUAUUUGUAUUGUGAUUGUGCGGUUAAUGAACCUGAGGUAAUGGAAAUGCCAGGGCCUCAUGCUCCCUCGGACUUGGAGAGUCAGUUGUCUCUACCAAGAUCGUAUACUUUACCAAGAGAAUUUAAAUAUUAUCGUAGACAGAGAUUGAAUAGACCUGUACAGACUGUUGCCUCUACAAACAGUAGUGAUGGUGAUGUUGACUCUGCAGAUGAAGAGAGUGAUUGUAAUCCCCCGCCAGCAGUUGUGAGGCCGUUGAGGCGGCAGUUUAGGCAUGAAACAAAGUUGUGAUUCAGCAUUGUCUGAAAGAAUUUUUCCUUAAAGAAAGGGUUUUCUGUAAGUAUUGAGUUGUGAUAGCCGUAGGUAGUAGGUCAAAAUUCUGCCAUAUAAGUUACCAUAAUUUCAAGAAUCCGGAUCUAAUUGAAGUAGAAAAACUUUUUUGGAAAAAAUCUCUGAAAAGUUAUUUCACUCAAAUUACCAUAAUUGUUCAAUUAUUCCAAAUACAAUUAUUAUUCCUACUGAUUCAUAAGACUAUAACUUCAAAGGAAUCCUAUGUAUCCUUUCGCUUACAGAGAUCGAUGAUACAGAUAGAAUUAUUCAUCCAGUUAUUUUGUAUCCAACUUUUUUUACUGCAUAAAUAAGAAAUUAAUAAUUUAGUUUGGAUCUAAUUGUACCAAACAUCUUUAUUCUACUUUGAGACAACCUAAGAUAAAUGAAUCAUUUCAGGAAGAAAUAUUGUCCCUCAAAUCUAAAAAUUCUAGUAGAAAUAGAUGUUUUAGUGAAAACUUAUGCGCUUAAAGUAGAGUAUUAUGUUUUAGUCUUUAUGGAACAGUUUUGGUUUAAUUUUCUUUCAACAUAUUUUAACUAGUUUUGGCUAUAACGAGCUGCUUGCUUCUUAUCCUCUUCAAUUUUCUCUCAAACUUUUGGAACUUGAAAAGGUCAUCAUCAGACUAGAUCAGCGAGUUGUGUUUUAGCUUUUCUUAGUAAUUUUGCUUUUAUGAGGUUAUCUAGUUUUAUUACCAUUUCAUUUGUCAUAUUGACAUAAAAGACAUUUUAGACAGUUUUUUUGUUGAAAUGAAAAGUACAAGAGGAGUUAGCAUCAUCAUUGGUUGGAAUCUCAAAUAAAUUGAAUC